AUGAAUCUGGCACCACCGCCGAUCGAGAGACCUCCGAGGGCGCCAGGGACGCAAAGACCCCAUCCGCACAUCCAGGGCUUGCCUGGUGAACUCCGAGCAGCCCGCGCCCACGCGACGCCGUCCCUUGAGCUGGCGCAGGUCCAGGAGCGUGGCUAUCCAUCCCUGCGAGGCGCGGAUGGCUCCGAUCGCACUGGGGAGGCCAGGCCCAUUUCGGGCGCCACAUCGCCCAGCCUCGUGGUCUCCUUGCCAUCCUCCUCCGCCUCGACGCGCACGCCGUCGCCCGGAAGCUUGGGUGCAGCGAGCAGCCGGCGAUGGAGCGGCGCUGAGAUGCAGGCCCUGCUCCAGCAGUUUCCCACCGUCUUUUUAGCAAGGCAGCUUCUGCAGGAAAAACAGGAUAAAGCUGUAACAGUCUUGCGUUCAUCCAACAUCCGUUUGCACUUGACUAUUCACCCUUGUGCUUCUCUCUCUUGCUCUCUCUGCCUCUCUGGUUGA